GGAACCUCAGACGCCCCCCCAAGAAGCACCCAAGAGGUGCCUCCAACAGGCCGUAGCCAUUUUGACUCAAGCUCAAGCGAAGGGCGGUCGCCAGCCGCCGCCGCGGGCGCGCAGCUGCCGUGGCACACGUUCGACAGACCCGCGCCGCGCACUGGCGAUCCUCCGGCCCGUCGGCGCUGCCCGCUAAUGCCAGCGGGCGUGCUGGGCGCCCCAAUGCCGUGGCAAGCUCGGUCGUUCGUCGUUCAGCUCCUCUGCUUCGUCGCCUGCGCACCGCCGGCGGCGGCCGCCUCGCCAGAGGACUGCACCGCGUGCGCCGCUGCUCCCGCGGAGGAGGACUGCUCCAGCAGCGCGUGCCGCGUGUCCCUGCUCCAGAGCCGGCGCGAGGUGACAUCGCCGAAGGCCUCGCAGAGCGCGGCUCUCGGCGCGAAGCUCUUUGCGAGGAAGCCGAAUAUCGUGCUCUUCUUGCCUGACGACAUGUACUUCAAAGACUAUUCCUCGUGGGAUCAGAAUGGAUUCGCUCCCGCGGUGCCGAGCCGCAUCCCGGUGACGUCCGAGCCCACCAAUAACGGCGGGGUCAUGCCGAACCUCGAGAAGAUAGCUCAGUUUGGUGCCACUUUCGCGAGAGCGUACACCGCCUCGCCGCUAUGUGCACCUUCGCGUUAUUCCAUUAUGACUGGGCGAUACCCGUCUCGAAGCUCCUAUGGCUUUGACAAAGUAAGCGAGUAUUUCCCUGGCAUCUCCGAAGGCUUUGUGGGUCAGUACAGUAUGUUGGGCCAGGGAUACAAGGAUCAGGUGAGCACAAUCGGCAUCGCUCUGCAAAGUCUAGGCUACGCUACCGGCAUGAUGGGCAAGUGGCACUUGACCCCAUCCGAGGAGGCAAAUUUCACCUCCCCGUACUCGGACCAGACAGCUCAUGUGAUGCGUUCAGGAUUCGAUUUUGUCGAUGGCCUGUAUAUCGCGAACAUGUGCGACUGCAGCCACCCUAUUUGCGAUACGUUCAAUCACAACUUGGAGUGGAUGUUGGACAGGGCAGUCUACUUCAUGGACGACGCGAUGACAAAAGGAAAGCCUUUUUUCUUUACUUUUCUCCGACCCCGCCGCACAAUCCGCCAGCAGAAGACUCGUUGCUUGGGCACUUCACCCCAUAUCAGACACCAGCUGGGACUUUGGCGAGCGCUCCUGACGUAUCCAAGUAUUGUUCAAGCUGCAGGCUCGCGAAACGGAAGGAGAUCUGGGAUAGCGUCGCCGAUAUCUCGAACAUGUCCGAGUAUGGGUCUUGCAGACACUUGUUGGCAGCCCUGCGCUGGAUCGACGAGUCGCUAG